AGUGGGUCUGGCCAGCCAGGGGAAGUCCAGCCACAUCUUCAGAAAUGCCAGUAUGUGUUGAACUUUUAGAGGGUUCCACCUCAGUGGAACAGUAACGGAGCCAGCGACUGCAACAGAACCAGAGAUGACCUACAAGGUGGCCAUCAGCUUCGACCGCUGCAAAAUCACCUCCGUGACGUGCGGCUGUGGGAACAAGGACAUUUUUUACUGCGCUCACGUCGUGGCGCUUUCACUGUACAGGAUCCGCAAGCCAGACCAGGUCAAACUCCGUCUUCCCAUCUCAGAGACCCUUUUCCAGAUGAACAGGGACCAGCUCCAGAAGUUUGUUCAGUAUUUGAUCACAGCACACCACACUGAGGUGCUGCCCACCGCCCAAAAGUUGGCUGAUGAGAUCCUGUCAUCCAACUCUGAGAUCAACCAAGUGCACGGCGCUCCUGACCCCACUGCUGGGGCCAGCAUCGAUGACGAGAACUGCUGGCACUUGGACGAGGAGCAGGUCCGAGAGCAGGUGAAGCUGUUCCUAUCUCAGGGAGGGUACUACGGCUCGGGGAAGCAGCUCAACUCCAUGUUUGCCAAGGUCCGGGAGAUGCUGCGCAUGAGGGACUCCAACGGGGCCAGGAUGCUGACACUGAUAACAGAGCAGUUCAUGGCUGAUCCUCGGCUUUCCCUCUGGAGGCAGCAGGGGACAGGCAUAACAGAGAAGUGCCGGCAGCUCUGGGAUGAGCUGGGGGCCCUGUGGGUGUGUGUGGUGUUAAACCCACACUGCAAGCUGGAAGAGAAAUCCUGCUGGCUCCGGCAGCUGCGCAAGUGGGGUGAGAUGGACGUCUGUCCCCUGGAAGAUGGCAAUUAUGGUAACGAGCUUCCCAACAUCACUAACGCGCUUACGCAGAGCUCCGGUCACAGCCAAGACUCCCUGGCCAGGCCCAGACGAACGGUGUUCACGCGGGCCAUCGAGGGCUGUGACCUGCACUGGCAGGACAGCCACCUGCAGCGCAUCAUCAGCAGCGACUUCUACGUGUCCCCCUCCUACCAGCGGGAGGGGGAGAGCCUCCUCUUCAACUCCCAGGGACAGCCACUGUGGCUGGAACACGUCCCCACAGCCUGUGCUCGGGUGGAUGCGCUGCGCUCCCACGGCUAUCCCAGAGAGGCUCUCCGACUCACUGUUGCUAUCAUCAACACCCUGCGACUGCAGCAGCAAAGGCAGCUGGAAAUAUAUAAGCAUCAGAAGAAAGAACUGCUGCAGAGAGGAGCAACAACCAUCACCAACCUGGAGGGCUGGGUAGGCCACCCUCUGAACCCCAUCGGCUGCCUCUUUCUCACCCUGACCGAAGCUUGUAGAUUAGAAGAGGAAAAUUGCCUUGAAAUUUCAGACGCUGGGGACUCCAAACCACCAGUGUAUCAACAUGUGCCCGUUGUGACCGGCAGCCAGGACGGUGACGAGUCCUACCUGUCCCUGGCCUUAGAGGUGGCCCUGACGGGGAUGGGUCAGCAGAGAGUGAUGCCCGAAGGCCUCUAUGCCCAGGACAAGGUGUGCCGCAAUGAGGAGCAGAUCAUUGCCCGCCUGCAGGACCUGGAGCUGGACCCGGUGCUGGUGCAGACCCUGCGGAAGCAGUGCAUCUUGCUGCUGGAAGGUGGUCCCUUCAGCGGCUUGGGAGAAGUCAUCCACCGGGAGAGCGUCCCCAUGCACACCUUUGCCAAAUACCUGUUCUCUGCCCUGCUGCCCCACGAUGCUGACCUGGCAUACAAGCUGGCUUUGCGGGCCAUGAGGUUGCCUGUCCUGGAGACCACGGCCCCAUCCGGCGACGUGACUCACCCUCACCACCUGGUGUCGGUGGUGCCCAGCAGGUACCCGCGCUGGUUCACCCUGGGGCACCUGGAGUCACAGCAGUGUGAGCUCGCCUCCACCAUGCUCACGGCAGCCAAAGGGGACAUGCUGCGCCUACGCACGGUGCUGGAGGCCAUCCAGAAAAACAUCCACUCCUCCUCCUUGAUCUUCAAGCUGGCUCAGGAUGCAUUCAAGAUUGCUACGCCAGCUGACAGCAACUCUGACACGACACUGCUCAACGUGGCGCUGGAACUGGGGCUCCAGGUGAUGCGCAUGACGCUGUCCACGCUCAACUGGCGGCGGCGGGAGAUGGUGAGGUGGCUGGUGACGUGCGCUACUGAAGUGGGAGUGAGGGCCCUGGUGAGCAUCCUGCAGAGCUGGUACUCACUGUUCACUCCCACGGAAGCCACCAGCAUUGUGGCGGCCACAGUGAUGUCCCACAACACCAUCCUGCGCCUGAGCCUGGACUACCCACAGCGGGAAGAGCUGGCCAGCUGUGCCCGCACCCUGGCCCUGCAGUGCGCCAUGAAGGACCCCCAGAACUGCGCCCUGUCUGCCCUGACCCUCUGCGAGAAGGACCACAUCGCCUUCGAGACCGCCUACCAGAUCGUCAUUGACGCCGCCUCCACCGGCAUGACCUACACCCAGCUCUUCACCAUCGCCCGCUACAUGGAGCACCGGGGCUACCCACUCCGAGCCUUCAAACUGGCCUCCUUGGCCAUGACUCAUCUCAACCUGGCCUACAACCAGGACACGCACCCAGCCAUCAAUGAUGUGCUCUGGGCCUGCGCCUUGAGCCACUCUCUGGGCAAAAACGAGCUGGCGGCCAUCAUCCCGCUGGUGGUGAAGAGCGUGCACUGUGCCACGGUGCUCUCGGACAUCCUUCGCCGCUGCACCAUGACAGCGCCAGGGCUGGCCGGCAUCCCUGGGCGCAGGAACUCGGGGAAGCUGAUGUCCACUGACAAAGCCCCCCUGCGGCAGCUGCUGGACGCCACGAUAAGCGCCUACAUCAACACCACCCACUCCCGGCUCACCCACAUCAGCCCACGGCACUAUGGGGAGUUCAUCGAGUUCCUCAGCAAGGCCAGGGAGACCUUCCUCCUGGCACAGGACGGGCACAUACAGUUCGCCCAAUUCAUUGACAAUCUUAAACAAAUCUACAAAGGCAAGAAAAAACUGAUGCUGCUGGUGCGAGAACGGUUUGGGUGAGCCCCGGCUCCUGCCAUGCUCACUGGCAGGGUCUGGCCGCAGCAAGGGGACUCGGGAGAGAAGAAGGAAGGAAAGUGGAGAUCAGCUUCCCCCCAUCGGCAGAGGCUGCUCUG